AUGUUUGAAGGUCUUAUUUAGAAAGUAUUGUUAGCCAUCUUCGGACGGUUUAUAGAUGGACUGGAUAAGAAACAAAUCAAUUUGUCGUUUUUGAAGGGUAAUUUGGUAAUCGAGAACGUUUCGAUAAAGAAGGAAGCUCUUGAGGCCUUGCAAUUACCAAUUGAAUUGGUGUACAGUUCAAUACAAAGAAUUGAAAUAAAUCUUCCGUGGAAUAAAUUGACUACUUAAAGAACAGAAAUAAAGAUCCAUAGUGUCUUCUUGUUGGUCACAACUGUGUCUGAGGACAUGUGGGGAUUGGAGGAGAUCAAUUAUUAUAAACCAAAAGCAGCUCAAGUGAGAGCCUACAUCAAGAAAGUGAUGGAUGAGGAAAUUAGGAAGCAGGAAACAACGACAGAUAACUAGGAACGCGAUCAAAAGGAGGCAGGGUUUUUUCAAAAAUAAUUAACAAGAAUAGUUGAUAAUCUUUACAUUUCAAUUUCCGACGUGCAUUUCCGUUAUGAACAUUGUAUUAGCAAACACUCUUUUUCGUGGGGCAUCACUAUAAAUCAUAUCACUUAAUAGACGGUGGAUUCUGAGUGGAAAAUUUCAUAAACAUCUCCAUACAUUCAUGAACGCAAGGACUCCACCUUCGUGAACAAACAGAUACAAUUAUCGAAACUGGCAAUGUAUUGGAACUCCGAUGAUCAUUAUCUCAUUUUGAGUAGCAUCAUCAAACCAUAACAUGACAAAAAUAUAGAUGUUCAAAAAGUAAUUAGCAAAAUGGACCCAUACAAAAUCGACUUGGAUCUUCGUCAACGUACAGUCUAUCAGAUUGAUGAAAAAAUGCAGGCCAGAAUAUAAUCCAGGUUAUAGUAAGAAUUGGUCUACGAGCCAGAUAAUCUGACCAUGGGAAUCAAAACAUCCAAAUCCUCAAAAUACAUAUUCUGUCUCAAUGCUGUAGCUAAUGUUGUACAAACCUAUCAGAAUUUUAGGAAAGUCCCAGAAUACAAGAUUAAAGUCGAAUUACAGGAAAUGGAUUUCAAAAUCAAGCAUACCCAAUAUAAAGAGAUCUUAAAACUUGUCUCCAUAUUCAAUCUUUACUAAUACAGUGCCAAAUAGCAGAUGGACUAGUAUCUCACCACUGUUCUGCGACCUUAGCCAUAAGAUUUCCUGAAGAUGGAAACGAACUCUCUCUACCUCCGAUCCUUAUUUUAAUAUCUGGUUAAGGCUUAGAUCAUGGAAAUAAGAAGGAAAAGAUUUCUUGAGUUCGAAAUGAAUGCCCUACAAAGAAAAACUACACCAUCAGCCUUAUUGAAAUCAUAGCAUAGAGAGUUAAGACAGUAUCAAUAAAUUGUGAUAAAGACUUCAAUAACUACAUUGUAAAUGUGGGCAAAAUAAGCCUUGGAAAUAUAUGAGCGAGCCAAAGAGCACCACCAAAUUGAGUAGGCAUUCAAGAAGGAAAUUGAAAAAGCAUAUAAGCCAUCAGCUUUUAUGGAUGAGGAAACCUAUGUUUAUUUAGAAUUUAGGUUGUCAAUUGUUAAAGGCAGUUUAAAAUUAUUACGAAAGCACAAGAAUUUGGAGGAGGGAUUCACCCUUUUGUGGAAGAAUUUUGAUUACUUUUUGCAGAAGAGAAGGAAUAAUUUUGAAGUGGAGUAAAUAAUACAAGACAUGGAAGUUUAGAUGUUCAGUGUUGAAGAGAAGAAUGAUAUAAUUGUACCGAUAGUUAAGAAGAUAAAGAGUUAUGAUAUUUAGGAGAAACCUCUCAUCUAUUUCAAAUUGGAGAAACAUCCUCUAUCCAGACCCAAUUACUUCACUAGUAUUUAUUUGGAUGUUCAAAAGAUUGAAUUCAUGGUGUUUGUAGCUUCAUUAUAACGAGUAAUUGCUUAUUUUAGAAUGCCUCCCCAAGAUGACAGGCAGCAAGAAGGCAAAGUGAAGGAAAACCUAAGCAAGAAUAAGAAGGAGCAGAAGAACAAAAAUGAUGACCCAGAUUCUGAUAAGAAAAUAGAAACUCAAACCAAGAAUUAUAUCAGUAUUACUAUUUAAUCUCCUAUCGUUAUUAUACCAAAUCAAUAAAUAAAUGAUUUACAUUCAGAUUGUUGGGUAUUGAAACUGGGAGACUUGGAAAUAAUCACUGUUGAUGAUCGGCAAGUUCCUGGUUUUAUUAAAUUAGGAUCUGAUCAUUACAGAAGAUUGGGUGUAAGUGGAGAAAGCAUGGGGAAAUCACGAAUAGUGGAAUAAUAACCCUUAUUGACUGUUCACAAUGAAAAAAAUUAGCUUGUUAGUUAGUUUAAUUUUGCUCAGGUUAAUUCGAUUAAUCCUUUGGAAAAGUCAUCGUCACUCUAACAAUUAUAAUAACCACAAUAGCAUUCUCUCUAAUAGCAGCAUUAAAGAAAGCAUCAUAAAUCUUAGAAUUACGAUAACUAUGUUAUGAAAUUAAAAUCAGUUUAAUUGCAAUAUUUUUCAUCGAUUCAUUAUUUUUACAACUACUAGAAAUUGAGUUAAACUUCAAGGGGAAUGGAGAUCUUGAAUAAUCCAUUGAGGAUGAGAUCGAAAAAGUAUGAUGUCUUGGAGGAUUUCUCUAUGGAAUUGAAUCUCUAUUUCAAAAAGAGCAGUCAAGCCAAUCUGCCUUAGACAAAGAUCAAUUUUGAACUGCCUUCUUUGACUGCUUCAAUCAAUCCAGAAGUGCCCUACACAUUUUAGAAGUUGAUGCAAACAAUAAAUGAUUUGAGUGCUGAUCAAUCCCUAAGUAGUAUAUUGCAAUAGGAGAAAUCUAAGUUGAUAAAAUAUAGUUCAUGCAAAGGGAUCCUGAGAAAGAGAGGCAAGUUCUUAAGAUCUUGGUCAUCCUACUUUGCAGUAUUGUCUGGAUGGUACAUAUACUUGUAUCAGAAUGAGAGUGAUGUUGAUUAUAAUCAAUAUGUUGGACUGCGAGAUGUGGUGGUGUCUGAGGCAUAAUAAGAUAUUGGAGUGUAGAACUCGUUCAAGAUCAAAUCUAAGAAGGAGAUCAUCUACUUCUAGGCCAAAUCAGCUUAGGAGAAGAACAGGUGGUUCAAAUUCAUUCAAUAGAAGAUCCAUGACAUCAAGACCAAAACAAACAAUCUCAAAAUUGGAUCAGAUAAUACAGUGCCACAAUAAAAUGAUAAGAGUAAGAGGGAAUUCGAAUAAACAACUAAGCAAAUGCCUAAAUUGAAUGAUGAAUUGCAGACGAAAUACAGAUUCCAAAUCAAAAGGUUUUAAAUUGAAUUGAAAUACAAUCAAUAAUCUGAGAUCUUAAUUACAUUUGAUUAAAUCAAAUUGCUCAGUCUGUCAGGAAUAAAUGAUAAUUAUUAAGAAUUCACAAUUAGUUCCAUUUCAAUUGAGGAUCAUGGCCAAUCCAUUUUGAGAUCCAUCCAUUAUUCUCAACCCAAUACUCCUAACAUAUUGAAAGUCAGACCAAGUAUAACUGAAAAUAAGUUACUGAGAAAAAUCAAAUAAGUUACAGACUAUAAGGAAGAAGAAGCCUAACAAAUUCACGGAGCCAUACGAGUUCGAAUGUGCAAUACAGAUUCUCAUCAACCCAAUCAACCUUAAUCAUACAUUGUAGCUUAGCUAUCCUCUUUGGAAGCUCAUUAUCUAGAGUCCUUUCUUGCCAAAAUCAACUUGUUCCUAGUCCGUCCAUCUUUGUAGAAGAGCAAAGAAAGUGCAACUGAUUUAAGUGAAUUUACAGAUACUACACAACAAACUACAACCAUGAAAUAUACUCAAAUACCUGUUAGUGAAACCAAGUUCAUGUAGACUAGGUAGGAUUUGACCAAAGUGAAUAUUAAGAGUGUGAGAUCAUUUACAUUGCAAAAGUCUUCAGUCUCAGAUUCUGAUCUGCAUGAUGGUCAGUAGGUUGAAAGCAAUGAGAAAUUACCCGAGAGUGUCAUAAAGGUCUCCAUUCUAACACAGGAUAUUAAGUUGAUUGUGAUUGUUUUAGAGAAAGAGAAGGACAAGGAAAAGCCUAACGAAUUUUUAUAAUUGCAAGUAAACUAAAUAGGUGCAGUAUUGACCAUUAAUGAUGAUGAGUACUUUAUCGAAGGACAUAUUUAGAAAAUAGAAAUUAUUGAUCUAAAGUCAUUGUAAGGGAAUCGACAUAUGUUUUUGGGGAAAAAGGAAUAGAAGGAAAGGAAAAAGACUAAAGAAGAGAAGAGCAAGAAAAAUAUUGGGAUUCCAGGAUUAACUAUAUUCUCAAAUAAGCAAUAAAUUGAAAAAGAGAUGGUGUAAUUUAAAUAUUCUAAAUUCAAAAUCCCAAGCAAUAACAAUGAUGUUUCAGAUGAUCUUUAUUUGAUCGUCAGAGAUUGUUUCAUAGAUUACUUGCAUGCUACAAUCAUAAAGGUUUUAAGUUUAUUAGAGAUUGCAUAGAAGAAAAAGCAGGCCAAUUAGGAAGAAAAUGAGUAAGAUUUAGAGCUUAUCAAAUAGAGACUCAAUUCUCCCUCAUUUUUCAAGAUCAAAGUCUUACUCGAAAAUCCAAAGAUACUUAUUAAACCAGCUGGUAAUAUUAAUCAGUCCUUUGAACUUCAAAUUAAGUAGGUAAGUUUUGAGUUGGAUGCUAGUUAAGAGAAAAAUAAAUUUCUUGAGAUGUCUGUGAGAGCCAAUAAGAAAUAGAUCCAAAUAGUUGACAAAUUGGAUUCGCUGUGGUGGUAAAUCAUAGUUGUCUCUGCAGACACUAUGAGAAUAUUGAUUAGAAGUUCCUCUGAAUUACAAUACAUAUCAAACCCUUUUUCUGGAGUGUUACGAAUCCAAACCCCUAUGUUUGUAAGUGAAUACGAAACCAUAUUUCCAAACAUCGUUCUUAAUAGGAAUCAAGAGAUCAGAAUAAAAGUAACCGACAUUCAACUGAACAUAUUAAGAAAUCAUUAUUUAUUCUUAUUGCAGGUUAUGCAAACCUAAUAUGAAAUUUAGAGUCUAAAAACUUAGAAGAAAAGAAAACAACAAUAGUAAGUUAAGAAAUAGCAGAAUCAGGCUGCUUUGAUAUUCAAGCUAUCAAAAAUCACUAUUAGACUAAUGGAUGAAUGCAAUUAAUUUGCCUCACAGGGGCAAUUUCUCAGACCAUUGGUGGAUUUAAGUUUAUUAGAUAUAGUUUUUCAAUUUAAGACGAAUAUAUCCUUGCAAGUUUAAGAUCUAAAAAGCACAUACUACCAGUAUCCACAAUAGGAUGAUAAUAAUUUGAUAGUGAGAAUAUAACAUGUGAUCAAUAAUACUGUUUUGGAAAGGAGAAAAUUAGAGGAAUUUUUGGAUGAAGACAUUUUGGAAGAAAAGGUUAAGGAAGUGAAGGAACUGAUUAAUGAGAUGAAGAUGGAAUUUUAUAAUGAAUAACCAGUGAGCAGAUUUGACAUAGAUGACAAAUUGAGUGUUAAAGCAAUAUUAGGUGAGGACUCUACAGAUGUCAGUAUCAAUAUUGGUGAAUCGAAAUACUUGAUUAAUGCUUAUUACCUUAAGACAAUUGCUUUGUUUUUUGAAAUACCCAAAUAUGAGGAUGAAGUUAAAAGUUAAUAGUCUCCACCUUCACAAUAAACUGUUCAGACUUAAAACAGAUAAAAGUAACCUUUAUUGAAUGUGAACAUUAUUUUACUCAAAACUCUAAUUAUAACACAUAAUGAAGCUUUAAAGAAUUGUUUGGUUUUGCAAUUGGAUUCUUUUAUCAAGUUGAAUGAUGAAUUAAAUAAUGAAGCUCAUCGUAACUACCAUUUAAAGAAUAAAGAAAUUUAUUCGAAUCAAUAGAACAUAAAGAAUAGAAAAUUGGAGUUGAGUCUCACAAUGUCAGUGUUUAAUGCCAACUUUGCAGCCAUCUAAAAGAUAUCAAAAUAAACUAAGAAAAAAAUGAUAUUAUACCCAAUAAAAAUUGAGUUCAUGAGAAACCAAUUUGCUUGCGAGUGUGAUAUGAAUUACUCUAAUUAUAAGUUAGAUGGUCAGAAUGAAUAAAUAUCUAAUAUCAUCAUAUAGGAUUAAUUAAGGUUUGAUAAGAUCAGAAUCAAUACUUCACACAAUGAUUACGCUCUAAUACUACAAACAAUCAAGUAUUAACAAGAGUAGGUUAAGUUGUGCGACUAAUUUUUCAGUGAUGAUCAAGAAUCUUCAGUUAAUGAAACCAUAAUUCGAUAGUUGCCUAUUAAACCAUCAUUGGUGACCGAGAUGACAAUUCUGAGUAGAAAUGAUACAAAAAGGAAGAGUUUCUUGCCUGGGAAAACACAAUUAAGCAGAUUAAAAUCAAGUGUACUCUAAGGGUCUCAAUAGAAGGACGAAGUAAUGUAAGUGUUUUAUGCAGCAGCGGAUUAAGAGAUGGAGAUGGUAAAAGAGGAAGAGAUUUUGUCCGAAUAGGAGUUUCAAUACGAAACAAUAAAGCCAUAGGUGAAAAUAAGUAGAAUGAAAAUAAAGUUGGAUCUUCUGGAGAUAGUAUUGGUUAAUGAUAUAAAUAAAUCAUUUGCUCCAUUAUUGCUAUUUAGAUUCAAUGUGAAGAAAUUUCUGUUUGAUCAAAAUUACAUCAGCAAAGCAUUGAAAUGUUUAUUCCAAAUUGAAUUGAUGUAUUUCAAUCCAGUUGUGAGUAAGAUGGAACCCAUUAUAGAACCCUACCUAUCAGAGUUAUUGAUUGUACAACAAAAUCAAUAUAUGCAAACCAUCCACCUUAAUGGAUUGACACCCAUUUUGGAUAUGAAUCUAUCCACUGAUAUGAUCCUCAAUCUAUACAAAACAUUGACUCAAUGGCAGUAAUUAGACUAGGAUGAUGAAGAGGACACCUUCAGAAGAAAUGAGUCCAAGAAGAUUACGAGAUUGGCUAGUAUGAAGGGUAUUUCCUUUAAGGAAAACCAAGACAAUGUGACUCUCUUUUCGCUUCACAAUAAGAGUGGGUAUACUCUUAAGGUUUAGAAGAAUGGAAGUGAUGGUUUAAUAGAAAUAUCAAAUAAUGAUUCUAAAAAUUAUGAGGUACAAUCUCACGAUGAAGAUUAUGCUAAGACCUUUGAAAGUGACACAAGACUAAUGAUUAAAUUUUUAGAUGCUUCGAUGGCUUAAAAUGCUAUUAGUAAUGUUCCCAUCAAUUAUGCUGGAGUCAAGAAAUUAUUUUGGAAUGAUCAAGCUUAAUACUAUGUGCUCAGUACUUAAAUUGAGAAUCUGUAGAAAACGAUUACCAUCUAUUCUCCCUACAUGUUUGUUAAUUAAACAGAUUGUGAUUUGUCCAUCAAAUUAUCUUGCAUCAAAAUCACAAAAAACUUCAUCCUCAAACCAGGAGAACAAGCAGCCAUGCCAUAAGAAUUGUAUAAGGACGAUAGUUUUAUUGUGAUUCAUUUCUCUGAUUCCAAAUACACCAAAUUAACUUAACCAAACGAACCCAUAUUCAUUAAGAGGAUAUUCCAUGACAUUACCAUCUAAAUACACCACUAUCCGUGUUACACCUUAGCCACUCUCAAUACUACCUUAGUUUAGAAUGUCAAAUAUAUUGAAUUUAAACCAGCCUUUAUUUUAUACAAUUUAUUACCAGUUCCUCUUUAGUUUCUAUUUCAUUCAAAUGAAAAUCUGGAAAUUUAAAAAUUCAUCAUCAAUCAUUAUAAGAGACCUAACAAUGUGAUACAAUACGAAAAACAAUAGUCGGCAUUGUCUAGAGGAAAUUCAUUGUCUCAUUUAUAGAAUGAUUAACAUGAUAACCUUGUGAGGUCAGUAACAAUUACAGAAUUUAACUACACAGCAACAAUCAAAGUAGAAUCAGGACUGAUAGAAGUGGUUCCUUAAGGGGAAUUACAAUUGCAUUGGUUGAAGAAUGGGGAUCAUUUGGGAAUCAAUUUACACGUCAGCGGCUUCGAAUUAAGUUAAUAAUAGGAUAUCACAUAAGCCACUGAAUUUGAGUUGAGAGACACCAAUAAUAGUUAAAGUUGUCACAUCAAAGUCGAAAAAGAGCAGACCAAACAGACCAAAUUGAUUUAUUUCUCAGUCCAAACUUGCAUUAUUAACACAACGAAUCAGCGAUUAAAAUAUUACACUUUGAAGGAUGAAAAGCCGCUACUGUUAUCAGGAUAAAACAAGGAGCUUAAACCAGAUAAGGAGAGCUUUGAGAGCAAUUACGACAAGAUCCAAAUAACUGACACCAUUAAAUAUUUAAUGAUUGGAGUGGAGGAUUGCAUCUCCAAUGAAGUGAAUGUUGGGAUCUUGGGGUCUUUGGGAUUGCAAUUGAAGUAAAAACAUGGAGGCAUUGUUUCAUUAAACGAGUUCGGCAUUCACAUUUCAUUGGCAAAUAACGUAAUUAGAAAAGGUGUCUAUACCAAAGUCAUUGAGAUAAUGCCGAGAUUUGUGGUGUUGAAUAAUACAGGUGUGCAAAUCAAUAUUUGUUAAUCGGGAUAUGAGUCAUAACCAAAACGAUUAAAUCCGAACGAGAGAUAUCAUUUGAUUUGGCCUGAUUGCAGAUUAGAGAAAUCAAUCCGAGUAUAGAAGUAUGGUAAAUACAAUUGGAGUGGAGACUUAUUUAUUAAUGAAAUUAGAAGUACAAAUUUCUUUUCUUCUGGCACUAAUGAAAAUAGUUAAUAAUUAAGUAACAUUUCCAUUGAACAGCAGAAGAGUCGAAUAUUCGAGAAAUCAGGCAUCUACAAAUAGUUCAACCUGAAGAAAUAUGAUCCUUAAGAGUUUCUAAAUUAUAAAGAAUCACUGCCAUUGCAAACCUCAAUGCUUUGCUAAUCAAGUUAGGACUUCUUUAAGGAUUGCUUGUUCCUGACUGCCGAAAUUACGAAGGUCAAGGCCACUAACUUCAUUCUAUUGGAAUAACAAAAUGAGGAGAAUCAGCUCUACAAAUUGGUCAACAAGUGUAGGCCAUUCAAAAUACAUUAUGGUUAGGAUAGUUAUAACAGCUUUUAGGAGUGGGUGUUGGAUUGCGAUUAAACAGUGCCUUUUUCUUGGGAACAGCCAAGUCAUUCAUUCAAGUUUAAAGUUAAAUUUGUUUACAAUCAAAAAGUUGAACACAUUGAAAUCAUAGAUUUCUAAUAAUAGGAGAGUCUUUAGGAGAUCAAGUUUUCUAAUUAUUUUGUGUGGAUUAAGUCUGAAUUCUAAGGAUAAACCAGAGUCAUUACAUUUUAAUAAGUCAAUGAAACUAUGCGCAAUAUGACUACUUCUCACAAACGAGAAGUUGAGGAUAUUCACAAGUUAAUUAAAUUGUACAUCUCUCAAUUAGGUAUCUCCAUAAUCACAAAGCGAUAAAACAUGCUUCUAGAAGCCAACUACAUAUAUUUGAGUGGAAUCGAAUUAGGAAUCAUGUAGACCGAAAAUGAAACUACUGCUCAAUUGAGAGUUAAGUUUUUCCACAUUGAUAACAACACUUCUUUGGAUACUACUACUCCUGUAUUGAUGACAUUGAGAAGGUACUAUCAAGUCACCCAUGAUCGAAAUUACUACUUUUUAGAAGCUAGUUGUUCCUUUGAACAUCAAGUCAAAGCCAUUUUAUUGUACAAUUCCAUCAAGAUCUACAUUCAGCCAUUCCAAUUACAAUUUGACGAAGAAUAUAUUCAAGUAGUUCUUGAAACCAUCAAGUAAGUCAAACAAUGUCUCUAAAACUAAUUUGAAUUAGAGUAUAAUGGAUCACCUCACUCAAUCAAAUCUUUAUGUUUCUAAACUCCUUAACAAAGACAUUAUUACUUGGAAUCUAUGUUUCAACAAAACUCAUCCAACCCUUGUAUUGUAUGGAAGUCUCUAGAAAUUAAAAGAUCAAAGAAAUAGGUUUACAUCAAAGAGUUUGUUCUCUCCAAAAUCGAUUUACGAUUCUCCUUUCAUAAAAGAUUCAGAACAAAUAUUUAAUACGAUGAAAAUGUAUUCAAUCUAUUUUCUACAGCCAUUGGAGCUACGGUCUAAAACUUUAAUGAAGCUGAAAUCAUCCUUGAUUGUUUCAGAUUAAGAUCAGUCUAUGAUUCAAAAGAGAUUGUACUCCAAUCCAUUUAAGAUCAUUAUAAGAGUGAGAUUAUCAGAGCUAUCUUAAAAAUUAUUGGCUCUAUUGAAAUCAUUGGAAAUCCAGUUAAGUUUGUUCAAUAAAUUACAAAUGGGGUUGUUGACUUUGUCGAAAUGCCCAUACAAGGUUUACGACAUGGUCCACUUGAAUUUGGCGUUGGAUUAUGCAAGGGUACAGGAUCUCUAUUAAAAAAUACAGUUGCUGGCGCUUUCUACUCUGUUAACAAAGUCACUGGAUCUAUUAGUGCAAGUGUUUCAUUACUUACUAUGGAUGAUGACUAUUUGGAAAAACGAAGAAUAUUCAUGUUGAAAAGACCUGAUCACGUUUUGGAUGGAUUAUCUUAAGCAGGUCAUUGUCUUUAUAAUGGAUUUUCUAAUGGUAUUACUGGUGUUGUCACCCAACCAUAUCAAGAAACUCAAAAAAACGGAUUUAAAGGAUUCGUUAAGGGCACCCUGAAGGGAUUAUCUGGUUUGGUUGUUAAGCCUAUAGCAGGAGUUCUAGAUGCUAGUGCAAAAGCAGCUGAAGGUGUUGUUUCGACUGCCACUCAUUUCGAUGAUAAACCAAAUGACACCAGAAUCAGAUAUCCGAGGAUUUUCUAUGAGAAAUCCAAAUACUUUUAAAAGUAUAUCGCUUUAGAUGCUCAGGUAGUUAAUUUCCUUGUUGGCUUUAUGAAUGGAAGAUAUAAGGACAUCGAAAUCGUUACUUGCAUUCCCUUGAAAGAAUCUGAAACCUAACUUAACAACAUGUAGAGACAAAUAUUAUCUGCUACUAAAUCAAUUCAUGAAUGUUUCAAGUAUACUUCUAAAAUACUAAUAUUAUCAUAUUAAUAUAUUUUAGUACUUGAGAACAUGACACUUGUCUAAGAGAUUAUAACAAAAGAAAUUGUAGAAAUAUCACAGCCAAUUAAUGGAUUCCUUAGACUCUCAACAGAAUUCAAACCAAAUAUAGAAAUUAACAUACUGUUGGAUGACAUUGAAUUGAAAAAAGCCACCUCAUUAUUAGAUUACUUACAUUAAUAAGUUAAAAGUCAAUAUGAUUGA